AUGAAGACUACGGGCCUCGUCAGCCACUAUGAGACCCUGGGUGUUCCCCAGAAUGCAUCCUUGAAGGAUAUCAACAGUGCUUACAAGAAACUCGCCUUGAAGGUGCAUCCCGACAAAUUGGGCGAUGGAAAUGACACGGGUGAAGAAUUUCGCAAGAUCCAGCUUGCCAUCGAGGUCCUCCGGGACUCCGUCCGGCGCCAGAAACACGAUUAUGAUCUUAACAUACGCAAAAUAUUGGAGGAACAGCAACGGAAAUUCCCCUUUGGUCAACCGGACUAUGAUGGCUGGAUGCCGCACAGUGGCCGGCCAUACGGUCUCCGAGACCCCUAUGACCGCUACAUGUACAGCUACAAAAACAGCGUGCACAUGGAUUCCACCAGUCCUGAGUCAAGAGAAGAGAAGCAACGUGUCGACGAGGAGCGCAGAGCCGUCGACGAGCUGUUUCGGAAGGUACCGGUCCGUGACGAAGACAGACGCAGAGAAGCCAUGCGCGAGCGUGUUCGUUGUGACGAAGAGCAAAUGAAUAAAGAGGAGAAGGAAGAGGAAGAUGGAGCGGAUGAAUAUUCGACUCCUGCUAAUGUUCACUCUGCAAGUGCCAACGAUGCCAACAAACAUAGAGUGCAGAACAGAGAUGAGUAUCAGGCCUCUCCAGUCCCUGAAAAUCGGCCUGUCCCUGCUCAGCAGGCUGAAGAAAACAAUGAACAAUCCGAAGAGGACGACGAACUGUUCGUGCCGGCCUAUAGCGGUGUUGGCAGUAGUCGUCGCAUUGAUGAAACGGAGUCUUGUCGCUGCUACGGUGACGAUGAAGACAACAAUUCGGCAGAUAGUUACGACAAGAAAAGCUCCAGUCUCGGUCUUACAGACGCAUACGCAGCCGAACGCGAAGAAGGAACAGACGUCUUCUAUUCCAGCAGAGAAAUCGACUCGUCCGAGCAGGACGAUGACAGCAGCUCGGACGAUGACGACGGUGGUCCUUCCCCCAGCCCCAAUAAUCAAAGCCAUACUGGACAUACUGGACACACCGAACCAGUCCCUUCCAAAGACCUGUUCGCCGACUUCUUCACCGCGAAGCUCAACCACCCCAGCGGGAAGUAUACUCUCCAAGACUACCAAACCGAACUCAAGGGGUUGGUCAUGGAGGCCUUCUGCGGCUGGCUCGAAGCCACUCGUCUCUCUUUUCCUUCCGCAGAGCCACAGGGCUGCGCCAGUUCCCCCGCGACCUGUCGCCACUUGGGAUAUUGGGAGAAGGAGUUUGGACGUCCCGAAUGCGAGGUCUGUCAUCGAUUCAUGCCCUUGUGCACUCUCAAGUGUCCUGGCUGCGGGAUGAGAGCUUGUAUCGCCUGCAAGUUUACUCGUGGUGACUAG